AAUUCAUCAUGUGUAACAUACUUGGCCAAAUAAAGGUGAUUAUUUACGCCUUGCGUGCAAACCAAGCAUUAGAUCUAUUAUUUUUCCUCUUUCGAGUGACUCCUCCUCUCCAGUCUUGACGAUCUUCGGUUUUAUGGUUACGAGAACAGGAAUCCAACGAAACAGGCGCAGGAGUUGCAGGGCCGGAGCUGGAGUAGUGGCUGUUUCAAUCAAAAGGAAGGCAGAGGGAAGGAAGGGAGGCUCUGUGGGGAGAUGUAAGAUGGCAGAGCUACAAAUGUUGUUAGAGGAAGAGAUUCCGACCGGUAAAAGGGCGCUUGUGGAGAGUUACCAAAACCUUACCAGAGUAGCAGACUACUGCGAGAACAAUUAUGUCCAGGCCCAGGACAAAAGGAAAGCGCUGGAGGAGACCAAAGCCUACGCCACCCAGUCCCUGGCCAGUGUGGCCUACCAGAUCAAUGCCUUAGCCAACAAUGUACUGCAGCUGCUGGACAUCCAGGCCUCGCAGCUGCGACGCAUGGAGUCCUCCAUCAACCACAUCUCGCAGACAGUGGACAUCCACAAAGAGAAAGUGGCCAGGCGGGAGAUCGGGAUCCUGACCACCAACAAGAACACGUCGAGGACACAUAAGAUCAUAGCACCAGCCAAUAUGGAGAGGCCGGUCAGGUACAUCAGGAAGCCUAUUGACUACAAUGUACUGGACGAUGUUGGCCAUGGUGUUAAGUGGCUAAAAGCCAAGCAACAUGGAAACAAUCAAUCAAUCAGAGGAGGAACACUGUCGAGGACCAACCCGCCGACACAGAAGCCACCGAGCCCCCCCAUGUCAGGGCGUGGCACCCUUGGACGCAACGCGUCCUACAAAACCCUAGAGCCGGUGAAGCCGCCAACAGUGCCCAACGACUACAUGACCAGCCCUGCCCGACUAGGCAGCCAGCAUGGCCAGCAGUACAGCCCUGGACGCACAGCAUCACUCAGCCAGAGGCAACGCACACACAGUGGAAGCAGCGGGGGGAGCAGUAGCAGGGAGAACAGCGGCAGCAGUGGAAUUGUCAUUCCCAUCGCUGUGCCUACACCUUCCAUCCCCAACUCUGGACCAGUCCCACCCAUGUUCACUCCCCUAGGAGUCCCUCCACCUCCCCCACCACCUCCACCAUUUACUCCUGGCAUGGCUGCCUUUGCUCCACCACCACCACCACUGUUACCCAUAGCGGUGGCCCCUGGGCCUGGUCUGGGCCCCGCACCAGUGUCCCAGUUUGGAACCAUGUCACGGCAGAUUUCGCGGCACAACCCCUCCAAUUCCUCUGUCUCUAUGGUUUCGGCCACGGGCACCUACCGCCGGGCGCCAUCGGUCACAUCCCAGUUCUCCUUGCAACAGCAACAACAGCAGCAACAACAGCAGCCUCAUAUUAAUGGAGGCACUCCUGGCUACAGUCAGAACUCAAUGUCUAUCGCUCCCCCUCCUCCCCCAAUGCCCCAGCUGACUCCACAGAUACCUCUAACUGGCUUUGUGGCCAGGAUGCAGGAGAGCAUUGCAGAUACACCUACUCCACCUCCUCCCCCCCCUCUGGAUGACAUGGCCAUAUUUGAUGAGUCUCCUCCCCCUCCGCCUCCUCCUCCAGUGGACUAUGAGGAGGAGGAUGCUGCCGUUGUGCACUACAACGACCCCUAUGCUGAUGGAGAUCCGCAGUGGGCUCCUAAGAACUACAUCGAGAAAGUGGUGGCCAUCUACGACUACAUCAAGGACAAAGAUGAUGAGCUGACAUUCAUGGAGGGAGCGAUCAUUUAUGUUGUCAAGAAGAAUGACGACGGCUGGUUUGAGGGCAUGUGCAACGGCGUCACUGGCCUCUUCCCUGGGAACUACGUGGAGUCCGUCAUGCACUACGCUGACUGAAGGGACGCUGUGGUAACAGCCUAUUUAUUCAGUCAUAUAAUGAAACAAGAGACAGACAGAGCGCCUUGACUCCUGGGAUGCACAGAUGUAACUGUAUGCUCCCCUUUUGAUAUAGCAGAAUGUUCUUUCCUCUACUGAUCGCAAAUAUAAUGAAAAGUAAUAUCUAUUUAGUUUACUUUGGUGUUAUACGGGCAGGUGAGGGGACAUUUAUGGAAAAAAGUUUCUAAAUAAUUGGCCUGCACAUUCUCAUAUGGGUUGAACUCGGAAGACUAGAUUCACCUUUGCAGUAUAGAACUGAAUCAUUUGUGAACAAGUAUUUAGUUUGCUGGAACAAAUGAAAUGUUACUGUCACAUCUGCACCUUCGGUCGAGGUGUUUGUACUCUCAGUUUGUAUAUUACAUGAGCUGCAGCCACCUGGGUUUCUGUAAGAUUGUAAGAGUCAUCAGUGGUGCUCUCCUCGACUCCAUAAGGCCCAUUCCUAAAGGAAAUACCUGCAGGUGUCUUGUCAAAUUACAGGUUUAAAUAUUGUAAAUGGGUUUUUCAAAAACAAUUACUCCUGAAAAUCAGUCUUGGCUUAACAGCAUGCAAACUUUUAAGAGCUGUAAUAUAGUCUUAAGUUCUAUUAUGUUGAAAUGUAUUCACCUUUUUAAUUUUUACUCCACUGUUGAAAAUACUUUAGAUUCUGAAGGAACUUUCAAGCUUUCCCAGGGUCUCGCCUUUUAAAUGCUGAUUUGCAUUUGAAGGUAAAAAUCAUAAAAAUAGUUUACCAUUACAUGUAUUUACACCUCGUUGAAGCAAGAGAGAACAAAUUCCAUUUUUUGACUUAAGAAGCAUUUUAAGAUCGUCACAUCACUGUAAUGAAUUUUAUACUAAGCAAGACAAAAUGCUCGUUUGCUAACAGGUAAUAAUGGACUGUGGUUCUGACAGCCGACAGGUGGUCUGCAGUGAUGUUUAGACUGGAACGGUCAUGCCUGACACUGCCAUGUGACAAUUCAGAUGUUAUGUUGUAGACCAGUAAACGGCUCUGAUACCUCCUCCGUCUUCUCAGAGCAGCAAUGAGCUGCUUUAGGUUCAAGACCCGGUGGUCACCAGUUACUGUUUCAGGAUCCUGUAGCUUCAGUGGCAACAAAAGGUAAGUGAACCAUUUGGAACCUUCUGCAUUAUUUGGUGAUAAAAUGUGAUCUGAUCUUCAACUAAGUCAAAAGUGUAGACAAACACCAUGUGCUUAAGCUAAUAACCACACAAACAGUUUUUCAUGUGUUUAAAUGUUGGGUUCAGUAAAGUGUUGGUGGAGAAAGUAAGUGAACCAGUUGAAGCUCCUUUGGCAGCAUUAACCUCAAACCAGUGCCUCAUGGGGCUGUGGAUCAGACAUGCACAGGAGUUUUGGACCAUUGCUCCUCACAGAGCUGCUUCAGCUCCCACGACGUCUGGUGUGAAGUCAUUCCACAGAAUCUCCGUUGGGUCGAGCCCUGGGCUCUUACUGGCACACUCCAAAUGCCAGAUUUUCUUGUUUUGAAGCCAUUCUGUAAUGGGUUUACUUUAAUGUUUAGGGUCACUGUGCUGCUGCAUUCCUCCCGAGCCUCACCUUGUGGACAGCCACCCUGACGAUAUCCCGUAGGAUAAACUUAUGAAUUCGUUUUCCCCUCCACAAUGGCAGCAAAGCAGCCCUACAUCAUGAUGCUCCUUUCACCAUACUUUAUUGCUGGUGUACAAGGAGGUUUUUUUGUUUUUGUUUUUUCCAAAGACCACCUUGACAUUCCGAUGAAACUAAGGUUGAAUUGUUUGGGGAAAAAGACAUGAAAAAUUGUAACCGUUUGUGUGGUUAUUAGCUUAAGCACAAGGUGUUUGUCUACAUUUGUGACUAAAUUAUGUAGAAAAUCUGGUCCUUCCAAAUGGUUAACUUACUUGCCACAGUCAUGCCUUGAUAUUAUUUCCACUAAAAAUGUGUCCAGCUCAUGGGUAGAGAUCUCUGCCCGUCUGCCCUCUUUGUACAUAUGAGUGAAAAAUUAGUCUUUUAUAAUAAACGAUUCUAUGUACAACAUGCAUGUGUGGUUGCUGGAGUUAAUCACAAAGCAGCAAAGGUGUAUUAAAUAUAAAAAGAAA